GCACUAAUGUGCUUCGCCUCCAGUCUGUUUGACGCCAGGACGGGUGAGAGAGAGACAAGGGAAAGAGAGGCAGGAAUAAAGGGAAAAAACUCUGCUUCUUGUCGGUGUCUGUAAAACAGAGCAAAGGUCGCGAGACGCUACAACAUUUCAUUAAAGGUAUUCCUUCACGAAGCCUCACCCUCUGACCACCACCUGUUUUUGGCAUGGAUUAGCCUUUUAAAAUCUAAUAACUGUCUUAAUAGGUAUUUAUAGUUCCCAACAUCACCUUUCUCCCUAAAUUGGCCUUUACACUACAUCUCAGAGUAGUUGUGACCCAGGUCCACCCCCCUCACUUCACUGCAGGCCUUCCUGAGCCCUGAGCACCAGCAGCUGCGUCCUGCCUCAACUUCCUGUCCUUGGUUGUGCAAGGCUAAGCCUGUCCAUUCCCCCACACCCAAAACUCACACAUAAGCAUCUUCCUGGCACACUGCGGGACGACGGCACCUCAGAUCCUGUUUCCCGGUGUAGCCCAGCACUAUGACCUCCAUGUCCAGCCUGUUCUCCUUCACCAGCCCGGCGGUGAAGCGGUUGCUGGGCUGGAAGCAGGGCGAUGAGGAGGAAAAAUGGGCAGAGAAGGCCGUGGACGCCUUGGUAAAAAAACUGAAGAAAAAGAAAGGUGCCAUGGAAGACCUGGAGAAGGCCCUCAGCAGUCCCGGGCAGCCCAGCAAAUGUGUGACCAUCCCCCGCUCGCUGGACGGACGGCUACAGGUGUCCCACAGGAAAGGCCUUCCCCAUGUCAUCUAUUGCCGCGUGUGGCGCUGGCCUGACCUGCAGUCCCAUCACGAGCUCAAACCCCUGGAGGUGUGCGAGUAUCCGUUCGGGUCCAAGCAGAAAGAAGUGUGCAUCAACCCCUAUCAUUACAAACGUGUUGAAAGUCCAGUACUCCCCCCGGUUUUGGUGCCACGACACAGCGAGUUCAACCCUCAACACAGCCUGCUGGUACAGUUUCGCAACCUAAGUCACAAUGAGCCUCAUAUGCCCCUCAACGCCACCUUCCCAGAAUCCUUCCAGCAGCAUAGCGGAGGGAGCUCCUUCCCCAUCUCUCCAAAUUCACCCUAUCCUCCAUCUCCUGCCAGCAGUGGCACCUACCCCAACUCUCCUGCCAGCUCUGGGCCAUCCAGUCCCUUUCAGCUCCCAGCUGAUACCCCUCCUCCAGCGUACAUGCCUCCAGAUGAGCAGAUGGGACAGGAUGGGUCUCAGUCUAUGGAGACUGGCAACAGCAGCAGUAUGGUGCCUAGAGAUGUGCAGCCGGUGGAGUAUGCCGAGCCCAGUCACUGGUGCUCUAUUGUGUAUUAUGAGCUAAAUAACCGCGUGGGUGAGGCGUACCACGCUUCCUCCACAAGCGUGCUGGUCGACGGCUUCACUGACCCAUCCAACAACAAGAAUCGUUUCUGUCUGGGCCUGCUUUCGAACGUCAAUCGCAACUCCACUAUUGAAAACACUCGCCGCCAUAUUGGCAAAGGUGUCCAUCUGUAUUAUGUUGGAGGUGAAGUGUAUGCAGAGUGUCUGAGUGACACCAGCAUUUUCGUCCAGAGUCGAAACUGCAACUACCACCAUGGGUUUCACCCCACAACUGUCUGCAAAAUCCCUAGCGGCUGCAGCCUAAAGAUCUUCAACAACCAAGAAUUUGCUCAGCUGCUCGCUCAGUCGGUUAAUCACGGUUUUGAGGCCGUCUACGAGCUUACCAAGAUGUGUACCAUUCGCAUGAGCUUUGUAAAGGGCUGGGGGGCCGAGUAUCACCGACAAGAUGUUACAAGCACCCCUUGCUGGAUAGAAGUGCAUCUACACGGCCCCCUCCAAUGGCUGGAUAAAGUUCUAACACAAAUGGGUUCUCCACUGAACCCCAUCUCUUCUGUCUCGUAAUGAUGGGCCCCCUCUGGGCUGGGAGGAAUUUUUGAUUUUUUUUUUUCUAAAUUUUUUUUCACUUUUGACAGAAAAGGAGGUCUUAGGGGCUGAACUGUGUUUACACUAUCUGCAGAAAGGUUACAGAUCCUAACGCAGUCAAAAGAGAAGAAUGAACUGGGGCUACAAGCACACCUAACAGAGGAAAAUUCUAGGCAGUGAGACAAAAUGGACUAACUACUGCUUUAGCAAUUGCCUUCAUUUUAUUUCCUUUUUGCAUUACAAUUGUUUUAAAAUGACUGAUUUCGCUAACUGUAGGUAAUCUAGUAGAUGAAAUUGACAUGCUUUCAUGUAUCUACUUCACUUUACGCAAUUGAAAAUGGCAAUUUCCUAGUUCUAUGAAGAUCUCUUUUAUUUGCUAUGUUGUCUAAUCCCAAUUAUUGGCAAGACAUACUUUCCUUUGUACGUUUACUGUUAGAAUCCAAGCUCAUUACAAAUGUUUCCUUUUUAUAGCUUCUGAUGCCUCAAGGCAAAACACAAAACGUUACUGCUUUUAAAUAAAGUUCUUUUAUCUGAUAA